AUGUUGGACAGAUGGAGUAUUUUGGUGCACGAAAAGAAAACAACACAUGAAAGACUAGAUUUGAAAGAAAUGGUGUUUAAAGUACAAGAGUUUAUCAUAUACCAUAUUGGAAGAAUACUUCAGUCAGAUAAAUCAUCAGAGAUUAUUUUAUCUUCAAAAGUUGUAACGAGCGAAAUUAAUCAAUUAAUCACUCAUUUUAAAGACAAUGGAAAACUAUCCGAUAUUGUUUUAACAAAAAAAUUAGAUUCAUUUAUAUCAACAUUAAAGCAUGGUCUCAAAAAUUUUGACAAUCUCACGAAGCAAGAUAGUAAUCGUAGCUCGGGUUCAACAAUUUGUUCGGAAGUCCGAGUAACCAGAGUUUUAUAUCGUCGUAAGCAAAUUCUUCGUCGUGCUAAUAGUUUAAAACGAGCCUUAAAACAAAUUUUUGAUCUCACACGAAAAGUGACACUGCCGUCAUCUACAAUUCUCAAGCCAACAAUAAACAAUUCAAUAUUAUCUGAAUUAAACGAUUAUAAACAAUCAACUGAUGCACCGCCUUUGGCUUUGGAAGAAUCCUCUAUUGCAUCAAGCUCAACUAUAUCCCAACCGUAUAUUGCUCAAGAUGAAAGUUUGAUAUCAAAAUCAACAUUGACUAAACAGCGAUCUUGUAUUCCGUCAAUUAGUAUUUCCAUUGACAGUCCACAGUCUAGUAACUGCGACGAAACUUCGUUCAAUUCAUCAUCGUCAUUAUCAUCUUGUAUUGAAAAAUCAUUAACUAUGAAUAAUAGUGAAAUUGAAUCAUCGUACGAAAGUUCAGAAGAUAGUGGCAUACAAAAAAAUCCUUCGUCAACAACACAUUGUGCACGUUAUUCAAACUAUUUAUCACCAUACCCUUGUAGACCAUCACGAACCUAUUCGCCUUCAGCUGAAUCAAGAACACCAUCGCCAAGAAUAUCAAAAAAAUAUUCAAUUAGUAUGUGCAACAGUAAUUUUUUAGCUUCAUCAUCAACAUCACAAAAUGUUAUUGGUCAAGCACUAUUAGCCUCAUCUGAUUUAUGUGGAGCAUUGAUUUCUCUGCCGUCGUAUGAAAACAUACCAAUUGAAUAUUUCAAGGAAAAAGUUGUUAUGAAUAAUUAUUUUGGAAUUGGUUUAGAUGCUAAAGUUUGCCUCGAUUUUCAUUUAAAACGAGAAAAGCAUCCCGAACAAUGUAGAAGUCGAUUAAAAAAUCAAAUGUGGUUUGGAUGGAUGGGUGGACGUGAAUUUUUAAAGCGUUCAUGUCAAAAUUUAGAAGAGCAUGUGAUUCUUAUUUGUGAUGAAAUACGAAUUCCGUUGAAGAAUGUUCAUGGUAUCUUAAUAUAGUGUAUACAUGUGUUUGUUGUGGGCUUUAUUUUAGACUAGAGGAGGCAAAAAAUUUCUGGCCCAGUCCGAUGAGUAUUUUUUUAAAAAAUUUAAAGGGCCCGACGGAUGAAAAAACAACUUUUUUUGACAAGUGGUCGUUUUACUUGUCCUACGAUUUUGGCUGCCAGCCAAUCCGAGAACUAAAUUUGAAAGAAGAAAACACAUUUAAUCGUGUGUAAAAAUGAUUUUUCUAUCUAAAUCAUGUAAAUUACAAUAUAUACAACUAAGUUUUUCGACAAAAAGUGAAAAAUUGGUGACAAACACAAAUGUUUGACCACUUGAUGGCCGCUUUGCAAUACAACUAAGACUUAAUCUAAUGAGUUAGAUACAUAGAUCAAUGCCAUUUUUCGUGCUCUUUCCAGAUAUGAUCAAAAAUUGAAAAAAAGAUGCAGAACAUGGUCAAAAUUUGAAAGUGCCUCAAAAAGUAGGCAAAUUCACCAUUAAAAGGCCAUUUUAGAAUUCUAAGCAAUCACAGAUAAGCACGGAAAAGUCAUAUUCGUAAUCAGCACGAAAAACUGAAUCAAAUGACGUGGAUUUCAACGCUGUUUGUAUCAAGCUGAGAAAGAAGCUAUUUCUUGAUAUCUGUGCUUGCAAAAUAUGACGUUGAAUUUUCGACAAAAGAAAAUGUCGUAGAAAUAUACUGAAAGUUACUCAGUUCAGUUCAGUUUAUUCUGGCAUAGUUAUGGAU